AGUUAAACUCUUAGUAUCUAAAAUGAACUCAUUUCAAGAAUAAAAUUUGCGAAGGGAAAAAGUAGGCAUGGGUUAAGGAGAAAUAAAGAACCUAGAAAAUGAAAAAGCUUGCAAGAAAGUUGCGGAAGAAUUCAGAAGAUGGCAAAUUCUCUCUUCCGGUUCACGACGAAGAUUCUCGCCCCCUCGACUCUCAAGAGCAGGAAGAGUUGGUUCGUUCUUUAGAAAAGACUCAAGCUCAGCAGAGUCGCUUUUGGAGGAAUGUAUUUGUGGCUCUAGUCAUCUGUUACAUCCUGUUUCUUUUGUACUCCAUCUUCCACCAGGUUUCAUCUCCAUGGGAACUGCGGCAUCAUGCUUACUUCAUGAAGGAGAUGUACUCAUGGAUGAUUAUAUGUGCAGAUUCGGUGGCUGUUUUAGCGUUCUCAUUUGCCAUCAUAGGACUGCAUCACGAGUCAAUGCAUCACAGGAGAUGGAUCUGGUACUCAUGGUAUAUUAGCACUGUUCUGGCAGUUUUCUGGUUAUACUACAUGUCGAGGUGUUUUUUUUGUCAUCUUUUACUGUGUAGGUUGGCAAAGUUCCGUUGGGAUAUCAUAUGGCUGCCACUUGGGCCUCUUAGUGCUUCUACUAUCUGUCUCUACGUCGAUCACUUACUAACCGAGUCAUCCGAAGAAGUUAAAAAGCUUCAUGGAUAUAUGUAUGCCUACAAAGCAAACUAGAAUUGAUACUGUGAUUGUGGUGUUGAUAGAAGCAUUUUGGAGCAGAAUGGCCACAUAAACUAAAAUGUAUAUUCCUUUUAUUUAUCACAUGGAAUGCCAUUAGCCUGCAUUAGCAAGGAACAGGGAAAUAGAGAAAUGACAUGACAUAAAAUUUUUGGAGAUAGAAAACCUUUGCAGUUUUAUGUUUUGUAACUUUAGGAUUGAGCAGUUUAUGCCCGUUGAUAUAAAAUGUAUAUUUUCUUACGUUAGUACAACUUGUAUCAAUUUGGUGUAUUUUGAUAUAAAAAAUUGAAUGUUUGUAUGCCA